AGAGUUCACGAAGCCGGAGCCCCAGUCGCGCACAGCGCCGCCGCAGCAGCUCCAGUUUCCAGCAGGAUGUUCCAGUGGCUGAUGCAAGCGUUGAUGCUGCCACUAUUGCUGCUCCCUUUAGGUCGAGCUGCUCCCAAGGAUGGAGUUGCAAGGUUGGACCCUGAGGUACAACAGCAGCUCACACCCAACCCUUUCCAGCCAGGCCCUGAGCAGCUCCGACAUCUGCAGAAUUAUCUCAAGGGACUAGAGAAGAUGGAAGAGGAUCCUGAGCACAUGGACCGGGAGCAAGUCCUGCUUUCGCUCUUUGCUCUUCAUGACUAUGACCAGAAUGGACAGCUGGACGGCCUGGAGCUACUGUCCAUGCUGACAGCAGCUCUGGCCCCUGGAGCUGCACACUUUCCCAUCAACCCGGUGAUCCUAGUAGUAGACUCGGUGCUCGAGACUCAGGACCUGGAUGGAGACGGGCUCAUGACUCCUGCAGAGCUCAUCAACUUCCCAGAAGUCCCCAAACACACAGAGUCCCUUCCCCCAGCUCUCCAGGAGCCACAACCUGCUGGAAGUCAGCCACUUUUAGCCAACAGUCCACUGCAGUCAGAAACCCAGCAGUCCCUGGGGACUAAAGAAAUUAGGAGCCAGGUAGAGGCCAAGAGGGCGUCCUUGGAGCCUGAACAGGAGGCUGGACAUCAGACAGAGGGAAAAGUAGAUACCCUAAGCCCUGAAGAGGAGGCUAGGGGACAGGCAGAGUCUGAAGGAGAUGUUCCAGGUCCCAGAGAAGGUGCUGAGGAACAGGUGGAGAUCAAGGACAAUGAAGGAGAAGCCAAAGAACUGCUGGUGGAAACACUGGAGAGCCUAAACACUCCAAAUGAGGCUGAGGCUCAUAGCAUCCAAUUGGAGAACGAUGAGAUAUGAGCCCGACGGCAUAGGCUCAAGCCCCUCAGAAUCUCAGUGCAGAGCAGAAGCAUGGUGUUGAAUAUGGUGGGGUUAGAGCCACCUCUGACAUGGGGACGGUGGUGCAAGCUAGUAACCCCAGAAGCAUUGAGAGCUCCGGGCUAGCCUAGGCCACAUAGCAAGUUUGAAGCCAGGCUGGGCUACUGCGUAAGACCCUGUCUUGAUGAGGGGGAAAAAAGCACUCCCAUGUCUCCUUUCUGGCUUCAGUGGAAAGUAGGACUUUCUGUGCAGCUCAGGGAGACCAUAAGCUGAGAAGCAGCUUUCAGGCCACAAACAACCAAUAAAGAACAGAACAAAUCUGUCUCCACA